AUGGCUGAGCAAGUCCAAGAAACAUCGCCACAAGUGGUGAACAAGAGAUUGAUUGAGACAGACGUCCAAGAUUGGAGUCUAUGGCAUCACUUGAUAUUCUGCCAAGAGCUCGAAAACGAUGACCAGAAACAUGAUUUUUGCUGGCUGUGCAAAGAACCAGUAUCGGGAAGUGCCGCCUACAAAUGCUUGAAAUGCAACUUCCGCCGACAUAAAUCAUGCAUUGACAGAUCACACGGCAUAGAUCUUGAAAUCCAACAUCAUUAUUGGUGGAACCGACAUCACUUGAUGCUCGAAGUCAUAGACAUCACAAUUAACGUUGUUUGCUCGGGAUGCAAGGAACCAGUAUUCGGUCCCGCCUAUAAAUGCUCCUUACCCGAAUGCGCCUUCCUUCUCCACAAAUCCUGCGGUGAACAAUCGAACGCGAUCCAGCACCCUAUUCACCCAGAUCACACCCUUUUUCUCCGAGAGCCAUCCCUGGUUGAUGACUGUUCUGUUUGCCACAAAAAUUGCAGUGGGUCCUUCUGUUACCGUUGCCGCCUCUGUUCUUUCAACCUCGACGUCGUAUGUGCUUCGCGCUGGAGAACCAACGCCGACGAUUGCCUCAAACACGAACUUAUCCCCUUGCGGAAGGGGAUACAGUUGACUUGUGAAUCUUGUGGCGAGGAAGCCAAGGAUGACGGCUGCAUAUGUAGCCAAUGUCGAGUCUUGAUUCAUGAUAAGUGUAAUCAAUUUCCCCCCACCAUCAACACUAGGACACAUGAUCACUCUCUCGUUCGCACCUAUUCUCUAAUUUGUCAAGUUGAGAAACAGGACAACGUGUUCUGUGGACUCUGUUAUAAAGAGGUGAAAACAAAGCAUGCAGCUUAUUUUUGUCGGGAAUGUGGUUAUGUUGCCCACUUGAAAUGUGCAAAAGAUCAGCAAAGCUAUAAUGGCCAGACCAGUAAUUCCGUUGAAUACCUACCUCAUUUGGUUCAUUUGGUCGAGGGAAUCGGUCUAGCGGAAGGCCAAGAGGUUGGUCCAAGGGAGAUCAAACAUUUCAGUCAUCCACAACAUCAUUUAAUCCUCAGCAAUGAAGAGCUCAUGGACAACACGCGUUGUGAGGGGUGUAUGCACAUGAUCAUUGAUGCCCCGUUUUACGGAUGUGUCCAAUGCAAUUUCUUUCUUCACAAUAGAUGUGCUAAACUACCAUUAAGGAUUAAGCGAGGGCCAUUUCAUGUACAUUCACUCACCCUCCUCUCUCGGGCACCAUUUAUGGAUGAAUCGUUCUGGUGUGAGACUUGCAAGCGUGAUCGCCAUGGCUUCACCUAUAUGUGUGACGAGUGUUGGUACACCUUAGACGUUCAAUGUUGUUUAAUUCCAGAAACCCUUGAACAUGAAGGUCACCAACACUCUCUCUUUCUUGCUGUAAGAUAUUAUGAAACUUGCAAUGCUUGCGGCGAAAAGAGUAUCGAUAAGAAUGUGAUCUUUGUGUGCACAGCUUGCAACUUCAAGUUGUGUAUUAGAUGUGCAACUCUUCCACUUGUAGGUAAAUAUCAAUAUCAUACGCAUCUCUUAAAUCUCUCUUAUACACGUGAAGAUAAUACGAAAGAAUAUUAUUGUAUGAUUUGUGAAGAAGAAAGAGAUCAUCCAGAUUAUUGGUUUUAUUAUUGUGUAAAAUGUAAAUUUACUGCUCAUACUCGAUGUAUUAUUGGGGGGAAUCCAUGCAUUAAGUUUGGAAGAACUUACGUAGAUAAAGCUCACCGACAUCCUCUCAGAUUUGUUGAAAAGUCUCAGCAUUCUCCUCCAUGCGAUCUCUGUGGUAAGUUCAUGAACAAUGUGGCUUUAGAGUGCACUCAAUGCAAAUUCAAUAUGCACCCGAGAUUUGAUAUGAGGGGUUGUAUGGUAUUUGAUGAUGAUUUUUCAGAUCUGUGA